AUGAACAACACCAUUUGGUCUUCCAAUUCUUCCAGAGUCCCAGAAAAUCCACUUGCACAGCUUUUGGAGACUGGAAAUUUUGUUGUUAGAGACAGUGCUAUGACAGGUUCUGAAAGCUAUGUGUGGCAAAGUUUUGAUUUCCCAUCAGACACAAUAUUGUUAGCGGGGAUGAAGCUGGGAUGGAACUUCAAAAGGGGCCUCAACCAAUAUAUGACUUCAUGGAAAAAUGCCACUGAUCCAUCUCUUGGGGCAUAUACCUAUGGGAUGGAUAAUGAUGUGUUGCCUCAGUUUGUUUUUGCAGAAGGGUCUAGCAAAAGGUUCCAUACUGGACCUUGGAAUGGUCUUCGAUUCCCUGGCUCUUAUGUUUCGAACAAUACUAACACAGUUAUAAAGCCAACUUUUGUGUACAAUACCAAUGAGAUAUAUUACACGUUUGAGGCUGCUGAAAGCUCUAUUACUACAAGACUACAGUUGUCUGAAUUGGGUGUGAUGCAGCGACUAGUGCUGAAUAAGGGAAGCACAGAAUGGGCCCUUAUGUAUAUUUUUCUGGAUGAUCAGUGUAAAAAUUAUGGGGAGUAUGGAGCAAAUGGCAUUUGCAGAAUUAACAAGGUACCAAUUUGCGAUUGCUUGCAGGGGUUUGUUCCUAAAUCACCGAAAAAGUGGGUGGUGCUUAAUAGGACAGGUGGUUGCAAAAGGGAGACGACACUAGAUUGCCAAAAGGGAGAAGGGUUUCUAAAACUGCAAAAUGUGAAACCGCCAGACCUGCUGGAUAUUUUGGUGAACAAGAGCAUGAGCACGGAGGAAUGUGAGGCAAAUUGCUUGAAGAAUUGUUCCUGCAUAGCUUAUUCGAAUUCAGAUAUUCGGAGUGGAGGCAGUGGUUGUGUUAUGUGGUUUGGAAAUCUGAGUGAUAUGCGGGAGUUUGUUGAGGAUCUUGGUAAGCAAGAUAUCUUUAUUCAGAUGCCAGCUUCUGAACUAGGCAAGUGA